AUGGUUAUUGAGAACACUGCUGAAGAAGUGCCAACUGAAGAGAGAUAUCCCUUACUCAGUGAUGAGUUUGAUGGAAUCAACCUAGAGAGAGGUUUAAAUGGUGUUUUUGAAAUAGAAGACCUUGUAGAAUUAUUACAAAGAGAAAACUGUAAGGAUAUAUUUGUAGCUGCCGUUCCAAAAGACAUUCGCUAUGUGGAUUACAUAUGUAUAGUCAGUGGAAGAAAUAAGAGACAUAUUUUAGGUAUAUCAGAAUUUGUUAGGAAAGUCUAUAAGAAAAAAUGUUACAAAUCAGAUUAUAUACCAAGGAUAGAGGGCAAAGAGUCUGAUGAGUGGAUGGCAUUAGAUUUAGGUAACAUUGCUUUACAUGUAUUCACAGACAAGGCUAGAAAAGUAUAUGAUUUGGAGACGCUAUGGUCUGUUGGACCAGAGUAUGAUGACAAGAUGAACAAGAACAGUGAAGUUGUAGACAUAUUUGAAAACUACAGUGAUUACUUGAAAGAUCUUAAACCAUUAGAUUCAUAA